AUGGGCGUCCCAAUCCUGCGUCCCGAGCCUGCCCAGGCCAGCACAAACAGCUUGGCGGAGGCCAGCGCCGCCCGGGCCGCGCUGAACGAGGCGUCUCUGGCGGCCGACUCCAGCCUUCGCAGCCUGUCUUCCCUGCUGCUGGCCGCACGCGCCGCCACCGCGCCGCUGGCCUACGCCGCGGCGCCCCCCAGCCUGGAUCUGCCCAUGCCGUCCUUGGCGGCGAUGCCACGGCUGCCGGCGCCGCGCCCGCACGCGCCGCCGCCGCCCCCCGUCUCCGCCUUCCGCCAGCUGGUGGCCGCGCAGCCGCCGUCAUCGCCGCCGCCGCUGGCGCCGGCCUCUGACACCGAGUCCGAGCCUGAAUGGGACGACCUGCCCUCCCUGCUCUCCGACUCCCCACACAGCCAGCAUGGUCUGGACGAGCUGUUCUGCCCCUGGGCCCCCAGGGCGGGCGGGGACCAGCCGAUGCGGGACGCGCCUCCAUUGCCGCUGCCCAGCCGCACCACCGUGCUGCGCCCCGCUGCCUUCCGCACCAGCUUCUUUGGCAGCCCGCACGCGCGCGCGGAGAGCGUGUGGACGGGGGCGGCGGGGCGGGCGCCGCGCCACCGCAGCCUGCUGCCCGCCAGCGGCUCGCCGCCGCCGCAGGCGCCGCUGGAGGCGGAGCUGGCCAGCCUGGCGUGCAAGGCGGCGCAGCUGGUGCAGGCGCACCGCGAGCAGCUGCGCGGCGCCGACCUGCACAUCCGCAAUGGCCUGCAGGACGUGGCAAACCAGCUGGCGGCGCUGGCGGGCAUGGUGCGCGCGGGGCCGCCGCCGCCAGCGUGA